ACGAAUUUUCGGAUUCAUAGCCAGGAUUAAUUGAUCUGAGUGGGGGUACGGAUCAUCGCAUUAUGUCACUAGCCUAGAAUUUGCCUUACACACUUCGUCAGCCUCAGCGUCGUCACGCGGGUUGGUUGGCGCCAUUCCUCCCUUCUGAGAAAAAUGGGCUCUGUAUCCAACAAAGCUGAGCAGCUCCAGCGCAAGAUCGUACAGGCCGAGAAAGAGCUUCAAGAUUUGCGCAAGCAACUGGCCGAGCUCGAGUCACCAACUCUUCACGCGGAUGUCGAUCAGGGCCUUGGCUCGACAUCAGAUCUUAGUGAAUCUACGAAAGACUUACCUGAAUGGAAAUGGCCGUUGAGGGAAGAGGAAUAUCUCCGAUAUGGCCGUCAGCUUAUCCUGCCCACAGUCGGCAUUAAAGGCCAACUGAACCUCAAGUCCACCGCCGUAUUAAUAGUCGGCGCCGGAGGCCUAGGAUGCCCAGCAGCUGCAUAUUUAGCUGGCGCGGGAGUCGGCACCCUUGGUAUCGUCGAUGGAGACACCGUGGAAAUGUCUAAUCUGCACCGGCAGAUCGCACAUUCUACUUCGAGGGUUGGUAUGAUGAAGGUAGACAGCUUAAUCGAAUACUGCAAUGGGCUCAAUCCGGAAGUGGCGUACGCUCCCCAUCGAGAACAUCUGACACCUCAAAAUGCUGAGAGCAUCGUUUCCAAGUACGACCUAGUUCUCGACUGUACAGAUCACCCGACGUCGAGGUACCUAAUAUCUGACAUCUGUGUUUUACUGCAAAAGACGCUCGUCUCUGCAUCCGCGCUACGAACAGACGGACAGUUGAUCGUUUUAAAUAACCCACCAGCAGCCCAAGGUGCUACAGAUGGCGGUCCGUGCUACCGCUGCGUUUUCCCCAAGCCACCCCCCGCCGACAGCGUAGUUAGCUGCGGCGAAGGCGGUAUAUUAGGUCCGGUUGUGGGUGUGAUGGGUGUAUUACAAGCCCUUGAAGCUAUUAAACUAAUUGCUGCCGGAACUGGGAAACCAGCGAUUUCGAUACCAAAAGAGCCAGUCAAUCCAAGCCUACUUCUGUUCUCGGCUACCUCUUCUACGCCAUUCCGAUCUAUUAGGAUGAGGAGUAGAAGACCUAAUUGCUUCGCAUGUUCUCCUGGCUCGACGUUGACCCUGAAAGAACUUAACUCAGGAUCAUUGGAUUAUGUCCAGUUCUGCGGGGUGACUUCGCCGGUCAACGUAUUGAAGCCCGAGGAAAGAAUUACUGCUAAAGAGUAUAACGAUAUUCUAGCGAAGCAGUCUUCUAAGAAACAUCUGCUAUUAGAUGUACGGGAAAGAGAACACUUUAACAUCGCUAGUAUACCAGGCGCAAUAAAUGUCCCAUUCUCAACGUUACAGUCUCGCAAUAAGUUGACACCCAAUGACGAAAAUUCAAGACCUGAAUACAUACCAGAAUCUCUCCCAGAUGAUGCACCAAUAUUUGUCGUGUGUCGAGUGGGCAACGAUUCGCAGUUAGCAACUCAGAGGUUGAAAGAGAUGGGCCUAGAUGGGGGCGGAGGACGCUUCGUAGGCGAUAUCAAAGGCGGAAUGCUUGCCUGGAAACACGAAGUCGACAAAACAUUGCCUUUCACAUAGUUGGGUAUGUCCCACGAUGAAUAGAAAAAUCCAAGGCCAAAUACGGAAGAGAGAUUCCAUUCCAAAUCCAUCCAUGUCCGUUCCUGCUGCUGUUGAUACAUAGGAGGGAGAGUACCAGUGCCGAACGCCAGCCCAUUCAUUUCUGUAGCUUAUACUUUUUACGGUGAAAUGUACCCUCUCGACGACAACAACAAGCCAACGAACCGGUAAAAGCGCGAAGGUAUCUGAGUUG